AUGGUGUGCAUGGUGUUCACUGCUGCACUUCUCAUCAUGAUCUUCUCAGCAAUCGCAGCUGGAAUUUUCAUCGGGUACACUUACUGCUACAUGGAACACAGAACCGGGUUCAGAUCAGCAAAUACACCCCAAGCUAAUGAAUUGAAGAUCAUCAAUCUUCCCAACCCGAGUCCUGAAGAAGUUCACAAGAGGACCAUAAACGGAGCUCUGGCAUCCAGCCUUCUGGUGGAGAAGAUUCAGAGGGUAAUACACAGUAUUCUAGAUGAUGAACCUGUUAUUUCACCAUACCUAAAUGAGAAAACGGUUUUGAAUGGUGUAUAA